AUGCAGCAAGCUAAACCUCCGAACUGCAAGAAGAAGCUCCAUGUUGAUGCAGGAACUUCGGGGAAAGCCCCUAAACCUUCCAAAGCUAAAGGAAAAAAUUUUUUUUCUUCUUUUGUCUAUGGAAACAAUGAUAAGAAGCUGAGACAACAACAGUGGGAUCACCUCCUCUCUCUAUCCUUACCCCGUGAUGCGCCCUGGUUCUUGACGGGUGAUCUUAAUGACAUCUUAUGUAACGAUGAAAAGGAUGGAGGAGUAGUCAGACCCAAAGGCUCCUUCUCGGACCUGCGUACUUUCUUCUCGGAGGGUGACUUAUUUGAUCUGCAACAUUCCGGGGACCCCUUGUUUUGGAGGGGCCAGCGAGGAGACGACCUGGUGAAAUGCAGGUUGGAUAGAGCCGCUUCAAAUACCUUGUGGGCCGAAUGCUUCCCAACAGCAAGAUGCCAAUACUUGGAGUUUGAAAGCUCUGAUCAUAGACCUCUAAUCUCAUUCUUUGAUAAAGGAGGUAAACGGAAAAGGGGUCUCUUCCGCUAUGAUCGGAGAUUAUGCAACAAUGAAGAGGCGAAGAAGUUCAUAGAUGAGACACUGAGGGAUGAUACCAGAGAAGCCGUAUGUGACAUUCUAGCUAAUACGAGGUCAGCUAUCUCACUCUGGAAUAAGACCCAACAGCGCAAUAGCAAGAAGCAAAUAGAGCAGAAAAAGCUGGAGCUUGAUGUCGCGCUCUCGAGCCCACAGAACGACACGAACCUGAUACAAGACAUCAAAACAAAGCUUAAUGCAGCUUACCUCGCAGAGGAGGAGUAUUGGAAGCAACGGAGUCGUUUGCUGUGGCUAAAGCUAGGUGAUCGGAAUACAGGUUAUUUCCACGCUAUCACCAAGUCGAGGAAGAGAGCAAAUGCUUUCUCGGUACUGGAAAAUGAUGAUGGACAGAUGGUAAACAAGGAGGAGGAGAUAGUACAAGUUAUCGGGGACUACUUCCAACAUCUAUUCACUUCCACGCCAGGGGAGAGAGAGAUGAUUGUAAACCAGGCACUCUGCCCCAUCAUCUCAGAGGCAGAAAAUGAGCUCCUUCUCAGUGUACCAUCGGCAACAGAGAUAAAGGAGGCGGCCUGGUCUAUCAAUGCGGAAAAAGCUCCCGGCCCCGAUGGCUUUUCGGCAGGUUUUUUCCAUACCCAUUGGAACCGUAUUGGCACGGCUGUAGUGCGCGAGGUUCAGGAAUUUUUCAGUGGGGCUCCACUUCCGGACACUAUUAAUCACACUCAUGUCCGGCUUAUUCCUAAAGUCUCGAAGCCACAGAAAGUAUCAGAGUAUAGACCCAUUGCCUUGUGUAAUGUCUAUUACAAGAUAUACUCGAAAAUCAUCACACGAAGACUACAGCCGCUGAUGGAGAAACUUAUCUCGGAGAACCAAUCGGCCUUCGUUCCGGGGCGGGCAAUUGGAGACAACGUUCUUAUCACUCACGAAGUUCUCCACUAUCUGAAGUCGUCAAAAGCGGAGCAGCGAUGUGCUAUGGCAAUCAAGACAGAUAUGAGUAAAGCAUAUGAUCGCCUAGAGUGGGAUUUUAUUUCGCUUGUACUCUUACGUUACAUAAUCCUCAUUAACGGCUUGCCUAGAGGAAUGGUAGUACCGAGCCGAGGGAUUCGCCAAGGCGAUCCCCUCUCUCCCUACAUAUUCAUAAUGUGUAGUGAAGUCCUCUCGGGAUUAUGUAACAGAGCGCAAGAACUCGGAACCCUCCAAGGACUACGAGUAGCGAGAGGAUGCCCCCGGGUAUCUCAUCUCCUCUUCGCGGAUGAUACGAUGUUUUUCCUCAAUGCAAAUAAAGGAAAUUGUCAAGCAUUAAAGACGAUUCUGAGCAGCUACGAGCAAGCCUCCGGCCAGUCUAUCAACAAAGAUAAAUCUGCCAUAACCUUCUCGCGCAAAGCACCAGCGGAGCUAAAAGAGAUGAUUAAGAACGAGCUCGAGAUCAGUAAGGAGGGGGAGUUGGGAAAUAUUUGGGUCUCCCGGAGCAAUUUGGACGGAGAAAGAGAGACCUCUUCUCUACUAUCAUCGACCGGAUCAAACAAAAGGCGAAAGGGUGGUCUAACAAAUUCCUUUCCUCAGCAGGGAAGUUAG